AUGGGGAGACCCUAUUUGCCCCCCCCCAAGCCCCCCCGGCCACGGCCUCAAGCCACGGGGAAGGACAGGAACUGCCCUAGGGGGCCACGCCGCAAGCGGGUGGCCGGCGCCGAGGGACCCAGCCGCUCCUCCCGGAGAGGAUCCCGCCUCGGCAGCCAGGUGGUGGUGAUCGAGCAGAACGGCUCCUUCCAGCUGAGGAUCCCCAAAAACUUCAUCUGCGAGCACUGCUUUGGCGCCUUCCGCAGCAGCUACCACCUCAAGAGACACAUCCUCAUCCACACCGGCGAGAAGCCCUUCGAGUGCGAUGUGUGCGACAUGCGCUUCAUCCAGAAAUAUCACCUGGAGCGUCACAAGCGCGUCCACAGCGGGGAGAAACCCUACCAGUGCGAGCGCUGCAUGCAGAGCUUCUCCAGGACAGACCGGCUGCUGAGACACAAACGAAUGUGCCAAGGUUGCCAAACCAAGACCCCCGACUCGCAGCUGCUGCUCUAGGAGCCGAGCUGAGCCCCGGCACCGGCCGGGAAUGCCGACGGCAGCUCCGGGGGUGGUUGUUUUUCCUUCCUCCCCCCCCCCUUCCUUCCUCCUCCUCCAUUUCUCCUGGGUUUUCACCCCUGUUCCAGCUCCCCACGGCAGGGACGGGGAAGAGCCGGCCGCUCGCCCGGACUUUCAGCUGACAGCGCUGUCCAUAACUCGAAGAUGAUCUGGAAAAACCUUCCCCCGACCGGCAGAAACCGCAGGCAGCUGCCU